AAGCGGAAGUGCUGCGGAACGUCGUGGUGGAUUUGCGAGUUGUCGUGUUUAGGUUUUUACGGUUUUAUUGGAUUUUAUUGGACUUUAUUACUUUGUGCGGAUGAGGGGCGAAGAGUCGUCCGAUUCCGAGUCGGGCAGGAUGGAGGAGAGCUCGGUGCGGAGGAGCCUGGAGACUCUGUGUCAGGAGCUGAACAUGGACGAGCAGACAGCCGCAGAAACCCUGGAGAGCUUCACUGCCAUCUGGAACACAUACACUCUGGAGGGGGAGGUGGUGCACUGGUUGGCCUGUUCUCUGUACGCUGCCUGCAGGAAGGGCUCCAUUCCCACAGUGGGUAAAGGGCUGAUGGAGGGAAACUGCGUCUCCCUCACCAGGAUCCUUCGCACGGCCAAACUCAGUCUGAUCCAGUUCUUCUCCAAGAUGAGGAAGUGGGCCGACAUGUCGAACCUCUCUCAGGACUUCCGGCUGCGCAUGGACCGCCUGGAGAGAAACUUCGAGGUCUCCACCGUCAUCUUCCGCAAGUUUGAGCCCAUCUUCAUGGAUAUGUUUCAGAACCCGCAGGGAGGGGAGCCGCCUCGACAGCCACGCAGCAGGAAGCACAGGAGGUUGCCGUGUCACAUCAGCGAUGUGUUCAAGUUCUGCUGGACUCUGUUUGUCUACACAAAAGGUAACUUCCGUAUGAUCGGAGACGACCUGGUGAACUCGUACCACCUGCUGCUCUGCUGUCUGGACCUGGUGUUCGGAAACGCUUUGCUCUGCGCCAACAGGAAGGACCUCAUCAACCCCACCUUCAGAGGCCUGCCCGCUCUGUACCGUGCUGACGGCCACGUGUCUCCGGACCAACCCCCGCCGUGUGUGUUGGAGCAGCUGUGUGAGCUGCAUGAUGGCCUGGUGGUCGAGGCCAAGGGAAUCAAACAGCACUACUUCAAACCCUACAUCCAGAAGCUGUACCAGAAACAGAUCCUGAGAGGAAAUGAGGAUCACUUGACAGAACUAUUGGACCCUCAGAGCUUCAUUGAUAACAACAAAGCCAUAAACCGGGAGUACGAGGAGUACGUGCUGACGGUGGGAGACUUCGACGAGCGAGUGUUUCUGGGCGCCGACGCUGACGAGGAGAUCGGGACACCGAGGAAGACAGUCCAGGCGACGUCUGCGAGUCAGAGCCAGCUGAAGCAACAUGUGGAGAAGUCGGCCUCUCUCACCCCCUCCACCCCUCUCACGGGGCGGGUUUAUCUGAAGGAGAAGGACCUGCUCGUCACGCCCGUCUCCUCGGCAACACAGAGCGUCAGCCGGCUGCAGAGCAUGGUGGCGGGCCUCAGGACGGCGCCGAGCGAGAACAUGCUGCAGAUCUUCAGGUUGUGCUCCAGGAACCCCACAGAGUCGCUGCUGGCCAGAGUCAAGACCCUCGGACAGACCUUCAAGGAGCAUUACACCAACGACUCCGAGGACAUGCCCGGUUCUCAUAUAGACUUUGCAGAGAACCGUCUGAAGCUGGCGGAGAUCCUCUACUACAAGAUCCUGGAGAACGUGAUGGUGCAGGAGACCAAACGCCUGCCCGGCAAAGACAUGAGCGUGUUACUGGAGCAGGAUAUCUUCCAUUGCUCUCUGAUGGCGUGUUGUCUGGAGGUGGUCCUGUUUUCCUACAGCUCCCAGAGAACCUUCCCCUGGAUCAUCAACAUCUUCAAACUCACACCCUUCUACUUCUUUAAGGUGAUCGAGGUGUUCAUCCGCUCGGAGGAGGGCCUCUCCAGGGACAUGGUGAAGCACCUGAACCUGAUUGAGGAGCAGGUGCUGGACAGCAGAGCCUGGAGCGCCGACUCUGCCCUGUGGAGCGUCUUGCAGGCUGCAGGCAACAAAGUGCCCACAGUGGAGGAGGUGAAUUUUUCCUCCAGUCUGGACACGGGUUCUAGUUCUAACAGUGGAGCUCAGUCUCACCUCCCGAUGCUCGCCCUCUCCCCCAUCAUCCACCCCCGCAUCCGAGAGUUCAGAUCGGGUCUGGGCAGCGCGCGCAAAGACGUGCCCCCCUCCCCGCUGUCGCUACACGACAGGUACAGCUCUCCGGCGGCGGGCAGCGCUAAGCGACGUCUCUUCGGCGAUGAUUCUCCAGGGACGCUGACCAGCCUGAGCACUAUGUCGUCACCGGCCAAGAGGCUGACCUUCGGGUCCAGCAGCACCCUGAGGAUCGGGGGUCAGGGCGCCGGGGGAACCGUGCUGAGCUUCCCGCUGCAAGGGCUGAAUAACGACCGCACCAUCACCCUGAUCCCGGUUCAGCCGUGUGAUUCCUCCGGCACUGUCACCGCUCAGUUCCUGCUCACCACCUCCCCGAGCCGCACCGCACCCCAGACAGCCGACCCCCCCGCGGGAAGUGGACGCCCGCAACGCACCGGGUCCCUCGCUCUGUUCUUCAGGAAGGUGUAUCACCUGGCCAGCGUGCGUCUGAGGGAUCUGUGUGUGAAGAUGGACGUGUCGUCGGAACUGCGGGGGAAGAUCUGGACGUGUUUCGAACAUGCGCUGGUCCACGGCACGGGUCUGAUGAAGGACCGGCACCUCGACCAGCUGAUGCUCUGCUGCGUCUACAUCAUCUCCAAAAUCACCAAAGAGACUCACACCUUCCACGACAUCAUGAAGUGUUACCGCAGCCAACCACAGGCCAGCAGCCAUGUGUACCGCAGCGUGUUACUGCGUCACACUCCCAGAGAGCAGGUGACAGACGAGAACAUGGAGGUGGAUCCCGUUUCAGGAGGAGAAUCGGCAGAGAAGACCAAUCAGGCGUCAGGAGAAGCGAUCUCCGACCAAUCCGGGGAGGAGGAACGCGGUGACCUCAUCCAGUUCUACAACAGCGUUUUCGUCCUGAAGAUGAAGAGCUUCGCGCUGCGCUACGCCGUGCACGACAACCGGGCGGAUGCUCCCCCCCUCUCUCCGUUCCCCUCGGUCCGUGCUCAGCCUCUCUCUCCUCGCCGGGUUUCUCAGAGACACUCGCUCUACGUUUCACCGCACAAGAACUCUGCAGCCUGCCUCACACCCAACUCCUACACAUACAGGAUCAACAGCAGCCCCUCCAAGGAGUUGUCGGACAUUAACCGGAUGAUCCGUCAGGGCUCGGUCAGCAGGAAGAGGGCCUUCACCAUGGAGGGUGACGUGAUGAUGUCAUCAGCGUGCGACUCCCCCAGUAAGAGGGCGUGUCCGGAGAACGGCAGCAGCCCCGACGUCCUGCUGAAGCGUCUGCAGGACGUCGUGUCGGAGCGCCAGAGCCACUGACGUUACAGUAUCACCCCCACUUUAUGAAGCUUAACGUUCAUGAUGAAUGUAAACAUCAGGAGAGUUUAAUUUAUCAUUAACGCCGUUUAAAUCUGACUCUUUUAUAUAUAUAUUAUGGCCUGAGGGUUAUAGAAGCUGAGCAGAGAACGAUGGCAGAGUUCAUGCCAUUUAGCUUUGUCAAAAAUGAUCCGACUCAACGUUCGAUUUAACACCAUGAGUCAUAUCUGAGGGGAUGUUUCAGCGACAUCAGGAAUCAAAACAAACUGAGUCACAAAAAAAUCGACUUUUUAAAACAUUUUCCUUCAUUUUUCAGGAUUUCUUGACCCUCAAACACACCCAUGUCAGUGUGUGAACUCACAGGUGUUCUAAUGGUUGAUACUCAGGUGUGUGUCGUUACACUUUAACCUGGAAACUUAAAGGAUGGGCAUGUUUUCCUCGUGAAGAGUCCUAACUUUAAAAGCCUUUUUACUUUUAGAAGUGAAACAGAAAAUAUGUUUUUAAUUGUUUAAAGAUUUAUGAAUCUUGUCUUCUAAUUGAUAUCUUAAUUGGCAUAACCAUGAUGACGUACACAUGAGGACAAUUGAUUUAUAUAAACACAUUUGGUAAAAAUAUGGUUGAGUUUCCAUACAUUUUGAACAAAGUGUAUUUUAAGGAAACAUUGCUCAAAAGUAUUUAUACCACCCCACAAAGCAUCUGAAAUAUCCCUUUAUGAUCGCCCACAAUUCAGUGCAACACUACAAACACAAUUCACACUGCUCUAGUUUAAGAAAACCUGACUUUAAAGCUUAAUUUUGAAAAAAAUCCCAAUUUAUUCCAUCAGAUACUUUAUGAAAACUGAUAAUAAUCCAGUGUUUAACGCAGGUUUUAAAAAAAUGUAAAGUUUUAAUCUAUUUAUUUCAAAUGAUCAGACGUGCGUUAUUUCCGCCCACACAAAUAAACACAAACAAUAUGAACACAUUUAAAAUGUUCUCCACGGACAGAAGCUCCUCGGGUCAAACUAUAUUUAGUCAAAUCUAAACCUGUAAAUAGUUUUCUGACAAAUCAAGCGCAAAAUUGUACAUUUUCUAGCAUUAAACCCAUCUUCCUCUCCUGUCAGGUCUCUACUUUUACUGAGAUUGGGAUGACUAUUCUCUACUGAUUACCGUUAAUGAACCUUCCUGUUUUUAUUAAGCUUUUAAAGCUGUGCAAAAGAGCUUGGUUUUGGAGUGUGUGGUAUCUACACAUUUAAGAAUAAAACCAACCUGACAUUUUAUAUCUGCUUUUGUUCAUUCAGUGUUUUUCUAAAAGCAUUUUAGCAAAGAUGGUAUAUGAACCACAUGUUCAAUAAAAACUGUUGAUAUUUGCUCCCAGACAGUUUCAAAUGUAAAAUAAUGUGUGUGUGUGUGUGUGUGUGUGUCUGUGUGUCUUUCCUAAACUGUUUUAAGGAAACGUGUAUUUUCAAGGUGUUAUGAAAAUAAAAUGUACUUGGAUAAA